CAUAAGGCUUUGCAGCAAAUCCAGCUACGGAAUCGGAGGCAAAGAAAUUGCACUACGGCCGGGGGCAAAUGUUUGCAUUCAGGCGCUAUGUGACCUGUGUCCGGCGAGGGAUCGCCUCUAAACUCUAGUUAUAUUUUUCUACUAAUUCUGGCGUGGAUCAGAAAUUGAACCCUCUUGGAUGUUUACCAGCCAGACAACAAGACCAAGCAACCAUAAGUGAGGGGUUUAUAAUACAAAAUCCUCCUAUAGGACUAAGUCACUGACAGACUGGGAACUGAUGGGAUUAAGAUCCUACUGGGUUUAUUCUCAGUGCCAACAAGCUGCACCUGUUUGACUGAAACCAACCGAAUCCAGGCCACCCAGCCUGCUGGAUUGGACAGUUGGAAUAUUCUCUGCAUCGCAAUACUCCUUCACCUAUUUUCUUUCUAGGAUUAAAGAAAUAAGGCCGCAUCCCUUUUUGCCGCAUCCCAGUCAACUGUGAUUAACCUGGCUCAAUCUGGGGAGAUGGUGAGAGCACAGUUCUAUAGACUGCCCGUGUGAAAGAGUUGGAAAGAAGCAAAGUGUGUUUGAGAGGAUGAAGAGUUUGGUGUGCGAUGCGGAAACGACAAAGGGCAGCGAGAGCCAGAGCUGCUGAAGCUCUGGAGCCCUGACAACUGGGAGAAGGCUGAAUAAAGAGCUGUCAAUCCAGAGCCAAGGCAUUGUACAGCCGGCCGAUGCGUGAGCGUGCUGCACUCACGGUCAUGGCUUUGGCGCAGCAGCUGGUCCAUCCAGUGGGACGUUUGGAAUUGCAGGAUUAGACACAUUUGCAAGUUGGACUGGUCUGGGACCGUGCUGGAGGGACAAUAGGCUCCCUCUCUGGGCCGCUCCAACUUCUUUCGCCCGCCGACCGGUUUUGAGCGAUCAAACAGUCACUGUGACGAGACUGCAGUGGGCUGCUGCUCACAGACCGUUCUCCAGCUCCUCUUGAAGACAUCGUUUACCUCUCACUGUGGCCACAGGUUGAAAGGUAGCAGGUGACGAUGCUGACAAUGCUGCUGAUGGAUUUUCCUAAAAACUAAAAAAAAAAAAUUGGAAUAAGAGUUCCUACAACGACGCUGUGGGCUGCAGAAUGAAGCUGAAGAAACAAGUGACGGUGUGUGGCGGGGCCAUAUUCUGCGUGGCCGUCUUCUCGCUCUAUCUGAUGCUGGACCGUGUCCAGCAUGACCCAGCUCGGCGGCAGAGUGCUGGCAACUUCCCAAGGAGCCAGAUCUCCGUGUUGCAGAACCGCAUCGAGCAGCUGGAGCAGCUCCUGGAGGAGAACCACCAGAUUAUCAGCCACAUCAAAGACUCUGUGCUGGAGCUGAGUGACGCGGGCGCCGUGGCCCCCAGCGGGCAGCUGCCUUUCCGCAGCGCCAACGGCUCCUGGGUGCUGCCCUUCGACGGGCGCCCCACCUUCCUCUCCGUCCUGCCGCAGGACUGCCAGUUCUCCCAGGGCAGGCGCAGUCGCUCCGACCUGCAGACGCUGGACGUGUACUCCCUGUUGAAUUUCGACAAUGUGGACGGCGGGGUGUGGAAACAAGGCUUCGAGAUCACCUACGAACCGGGCGAGUGGGACAGCGAGCCGCUGCAGGUGUUUGUGGUCCCGCACUCCCACAACGAUCCAGGCUGGAUAAAAACAUUUGACAAGUAUUACACGGACCAGACCCAGCACAUCUUCAACAACAUGGUGGUGAAGCUGCAGGAGGACCCACGGCGCAAGUUCAUCUGGUCUGAGAUCUCUUUCUUCUCCAAGUGGUGGGAGAGCGUGGAUGUACACAAGCAGGAAGCCAUGCGCAAGCUAAUCCUCGGAGGUCAGCUGGAGAUAGUAACAGGAGGCUGGGUGAUGACAGAUGAGGCCAACGUGCACUACUUUGCCAUGAUUGACCAGCUCAUUGAAGGCCACCAGUGGCUGGAGAAACACAUAGGCGUGACUCCUCGCUCGGGCUGGGCCGUGGACCCUUUUGGCCACAGCGCCACCAUGCCGUACCUGCUGAAGAGGGCCAACCUGACCAGCAUGCUGAUCCAGAGAGUGCACUACUCCAUCAAGAAGCACUUCGCCGCCACCCGCAGCCUGGAGUUCAUGUGGAGGCAAGCCUGGGAUCCCGAGUCUGGCACGGAUAUCUUCUGCCACAUGAUGCCCUUCUACAGCUACGAUGUUCCCCACACCUGCGGGCCCGACCCAAAGAUUUGCUGCCAGUUUGAUUUCAAGAGGCUGCCGGGGGGCAGGGUUAACUGUCCGUGGAAAGUUCCGCCUCGUUCCGUUGCCGAGGCCAAUGUGGCCGAGAGGGCACAGCUUCUCCUGGACCAGUACCGGAAGAAGUCCAAGCUGUUCCGCAGCAAAGUGGUUCUGGUUCCGCUGGGAGAUGACUUCCGCUACGAUAAGGCCCUGGAGUGGGACCAGCAGUACCACAACUACCAGAGGCUGUUUGACUACAUGAACUCUCACCCAGAGAUGCAUGUGCACGCCCAGUUUGGUACACUCACAGACUACUUUGAUGCAGUCUACAAGAUGAAUGGAGUUUCGCAUGGAGUGAGGCCUCCAGACUACCCCGUGCUGAGUGGAGACUUCUUUGCGUACGCUGACCGAGAGGACCACUACUGGAGCGGGUACUACACCUCCCGGCCCUUCUACAAGAACCUGGACCGCGUGCUGGAGUCCCAUCUCAGGGGGGCAGAGAUCCUCUACAGCCUGGCUGUAGCCCACGCCCGGCACGCGGGCAUGGAGGGCCGCUACCCCGUCUCGGACUUUGCCCUCCUGACCGACGCCCGACGCAACAUCGGCCUCUUCCAGCACCACGACGCCAUCACUGGCACCGCCAAGGAGGCUGUCGUCAUCGACUACGGCUCCAGGUUAUUGCGCUCUCUUGUUGUUCUGAAGAAAGUGAUUAUAAACGCAGCUCACUUCCUCAUAUUGAAGAAUAAAGACGUUUACCGCUUCUACAUGUCAGAACCUUUCCUGGAAACGGAUGACAGGCGGGCAUCGCAAGACUCCCUGCCCCAGCGCACUGUAAUUGAGCUGGAUAACUCUGCCAGGUACGUGGUGCUGUUUAACCCGGUGGAGCAGGAGCGGCUGUGUUUGGUGACGGUUCUGGUGAACACGGCGCGGGUUCGAGUGCUGACAGACGAAGGGCAGACCGUCCCCGUGCAGCUGAGUGCCCAGUGGAGCUCGGCCAGCGAGAUGAGCAAGGAAGUCUACCAGGCCUCCUUCAUGGCCCGGCUGCCGGCCCUGGGCCUGGCCGUGUUCCACCUGUACGACUCCCUGGACGCGCCCAUGACCCUGCGCUCCGACACCCUGCUGCGGCUCCACGGGCGAGGGGUGACCGCCCGGGGGGUAGACCCCCUCCCGCUGCGCACGCAGGCGGCGGACGGGCGCGGCUUCUACGUCCACAGCCAGGCCCUCACGCUGGGCUUCUCUGGCACCACAGGCCUCCUGCAGACCAUCCGGCGUAAGGACGACAUGCAGGAGAUGAAGGUGCAGAUGGAGUUCCUCAUUUACGGAACGCGGCCCUCCAAAGACAAGAGCGGAGCUUACCUGUUCCUCCCGGACGGGAAAGCUAAGCCUUACAGUCAGAGAGAGCCCCCAGUGGUGAGAGUGGUGGAGGGCCCUCUGUUCUCUGAGGUGUCUGCGCACUACCAGCAUUUCACACAGACUGUGCGCAUUCACAACGUACCAGGGGUGGACGGCCUCUCUCUGGAUGUAACCACCAUGGUGGACAUCAGAGAUCAAGCCAACAAAGAGCUGGCCAUGCGUCUCGUCACGGACAUCCAGAGCAAGAACACCUUCUUCACAGACCUCAAUGGUUUCCAGAUCCAGCAGCGGCGCUUCUUAAAGAAGCUCCCCCUACAGGCCAACUUCUACCCCAUGCCCACCAUGGCGUACAUCCAGGACAGCCAAUACCGCCUUACCCUGCACACAGCGCAGGCCUUGGGGGUGACUAGCCUGGAGGAAGGUCAACUGGAGGUGAUCAUGGACAGGCGCCUGAUGCAGGACGAUAACCGCGGUCUGGGACAGGGUCUGAAGGACAACAAGCGGACGGCCAACCGCUUCCGGAUCCUGCUGGAGAGGAGGUCCAGUGCCAGCCAGCCCCAGACAGAGGAGGCGGAGCCUGUCAGUUUCCCGUCGCUGGUCAGUCACAUGACCUCGGCCGUGCUGAACCACGAGGUGCUGGCCCUGCCCGUGCUGCCCAAGAGACGCGGGGUGCCCCCGCUCCGCUCCUUCUCCCCGCUGUCCAGCGCCCUGCCCUGCGACUUCCACCUGCUCAACCUGCGCAGCAUCCAGAGCCAGGAAGACCACACGCCCUCCCCUUACUCCGCCCUCAUCCUGCACCGCAAGGGCCUGGACUGCGGCCUGGAGACGCCCAACCCCGGCUUUAACUGCAGCACCACACAGGGCAAGCUGGCCGUGGCAGGGCUGUUCCAGGGCCUGGACGUGCACCUGAUCCAGCCGGUGUCCCUGUCGCUGCUGUACUCGGGCGCGCCGCUCUCCAACAGCAGCCUGGUCAGCCUGGACCCCAUGGAGAUCUCCACCUUCAAGCUGAAGCUGCGCUAGGCCCCACACACACGCGCCGCCCGCGGCAGCCGCGGCCGAGGGCUGGCCCAGCCCGGCCGGAGGACAAAACUGUGUGUGUGUGUGCGUGUGUUUACAGAGGUGCGCUCUCCCAGACCCCCCCAGAGCGCCCAGCGGAGGCAGGACUCCCUCAGGACUGACUGGGAGAAGGGACGCUGUUCACAGGGACGAGCCGGAGGAGCGGGGGUCUUGAGAGUAAUGUAAGGCACCUCACAGCGAGAGGACUAUCCAGUCCGGUGCUGGAGCAGGAAGUUCAUUUAUGCUACGUCUUGCCUCGCUAUCUGCAGUCUAUCAGAGAAUCUCCGUAGGAAGUCCGUGUGAAUCUAAUUGUCUCAAUCUUGAUCAAGAUGGCAAUGCCGUGAGUGAGCUUGGAAUUUGAACUGAGCUUGAAUUUUAGUUUUUUUCAGUGAUGGACAAACUUACUGUCCUGAGUAAAUCUUACUUAAGGAUUUCUGAAGGCAUUUUUGAAGGAAAGGCACUGGAAUUAUUCUGCAUUGCAGUAGCUCAACUAAUUUCCAGUGUCACCAUUACCCAAUCUCCUUUUGACUCCUAAUCUUGAAAAGCAGCACUUUAUUCAGCUGAUGCCAGGCGGUUUUAGCGCCAUAAAGGAUAAAGGCUAUAGUCUUAAUUUCAGGCACCGAUUCAAUCACAUGAAAACUGCAGUGAAAACUGCAGUGAAUCAGAUCCGCUCCACUGUCACACACCCUCUGCCUGCACGGGCUGCUGCCUGGUUCAGGUUUGAGAUGGCUCCCCCCCCGCCCCCAUCACUCACUCCUGACUCAACAGAGGAGCCUCCCGUGCGGCCGGCUCUCGCGUGCUUGGAUCCUGCUCGUGGAAUGUUCUGGAACUCGCCGACUCGCAGGCCAUCUGGCCUGGACCAGGCGCUUCUUCCCUGAGCUACGACGGACUCAAAGCAGUUAACCCAAACCCGACACCCGUAAGCCACAUGCGUGUUAACCUAUCUGUCUGCCGCCAACUGAAGAAUAACAUUCUGCAUUAUCCUGUACACACUACAUGACAAUUACCUCACGGACACAGAAAAUAACGGUGUCCGUUUGACUUAAAAACUCCCAACAAAUAUUGGAGGGAAGGCAGGCAGUUUCAGACGGGCAGCUCUCCCAGUUUACCUAGCUGGAACCUGUGGAGGCGCUGGCUAGCGGGAGAGCUGAAUGUGUGCAGGGGGUUCUGCCGAGGAGAGCUGCCACAUGCUGGCCUGUUCUCUCCCCAGACCCCCCCGGUGAGACCCAUUUUGUAGAUGCGUGUCUUUUGUAUGUAAUGUUGUAGCUGGUUUAAAUUAGAGAACACUUCUGAUUUUGCCAUCAGUGUUAUAUUUUCUUUCCCGUGUAUUUAUUAAAAGCUAAAAUGCAUAUUAAAGAAUAAAGGCAAUACCAGAUAUC